AUGGAAUGGAAGGGGCCAAGAGAGUGGGCCAUUGAAAGAGACAGCGUCAAGAACAAGAAGAAGUAUGCAAAGCGGUGGGGUUACGAGCUCGAGAUAGUCGAUAUGAGCACCAAGAAGCGCUAUGCCCACGAAUGGCGAGAGAGUUGGGAGAAGCCGUCAUAUACCCUACAGAAGCAUGUUUUCAAUGACUUGGUAGGUAAUACCUACCGCGACAUCAACGCCUACAAUCCACUUAAUAUUACACACCCGAUGAAAGAAAUAUACCUUGAUCAUGUGGCUAAGUCACCAACUGGCAACGGCUUAGCCAGCUCCAUAGAUCUUAUCGUGCCACAAGAUUGUGGAGGCUUUAAUCUCGGAUCGUUCAUGAUACAUCGAUCUGUCUGGACCGAUCGUUUGCUGGAUAUUUGGUGGGAUCCUGUUGGCUAUGAGCAAAGACACAUGGAGUGGGAGCAUAAAGAGCAAGACUCUCUGGAGCAUCUCUACACCAAUCAACCUUGGAUCAGAACCCACACUGCCUUCAUACCUCAACGAAAGAUCAACAGCUUCCCCAUGGGCGCCUGCAGUGACAACGGCAUGGACGACAGGAUACACUACUCUGAGACGGAGCGAGACUUCGUCGUCAACAUGGCAGGAUGUGAAUGGGGCAGGGACUGUUGGGGCGAGAUGUACAAUUUCCGAGAACUGAGCAACAGGCUGAACCGCUCUCGGUGGGAGAGGUUCAAAGACUCAAUAUCUAACAGAUUUAGGGACUUCAAGGAGAAGCACAAGAAGCCUGAGGACGAUGAUGACGACGAUCAGUAA